AUGGAAUCUGCUGGACUCUCAUUACUAAAUACUCAACCAACACUUGCACAGUUGGACUCUUCUCCUUCUCGUAUUGAUGGUGUGUCUUCAGAUUUAGAGAGGUGUCUUAGAAUAGCAGGCACUCAACUCAUCAACUCUGCAUCUAUACUUUUACAACUACCGCAGGUUGCAUCAUCCACUGCUCAAGUCCUUUUUCAACGCUUCUUUUUCUGUGCAUCUCUCAAGGAUCAUUCUGUUUUGAAAGUAGCAUCUGCUUGUCUUUUUUUGAGCACAAAGUUGGAGGAAUGUCCUCGUAUGAACCGAGAUCUGAUCAAUGUCUUUCAUUACAUUGCAGAAUCACAUCAAAAACGAAUUUCAAAACCACUCGACAUUUAUGGAACGAGAUAUAAUAAGAUAAAAAAUGACAUGAUUGAUGGGGAAAUGAGAUUGCUGGUUGCGCUUGGGUUCAAUGUUCAAGUGCAGCAUCCACACGGAUUUUUGGUCAAUUAUCUUCAAAGCUUAGAUCUAGCAAGAAUCGAUGGGUUUGUACAAAAGGCUUGGAACUAUUUAAAUGAUAGUGGCCAAACGAUUGCUGUUGUUUUGUUCCAGCCAUCAACUAUUGCAGUAGCUGCAAUUCUAUACGCAGCGGAAAAUUUAAAUGUGACUCUACCGCAAUCUACGGCAUGGUGGCAAAUAUUUGAUGCAUCUUUGAGUGAUGCUAAAGUAGUCAUUGGUUUAUUACAAAAACUGUACGAAACAACUCUUCCAAAAUCUUUAAAUAUUGAAGAUGCCACACUUUUGCCAAAAUAA